AUCUUAAUUCUGUUCAGCCACGACUUCUUGCACAUCGAUUUUUUACAGGCUAUGGUCAAGAAAGAGGUGGAAUAAAAGUUAAUAUAUUUAACAAAAGUCCAAAUACUUCUAUACCUAUAAUAUAUUAUGAUGUUAUACCUUGGUAUUUGAAGUUAUAUUUGCAUACACUCAAAGUCCGGAUAAAUGGGAAGGAUACAAAAUUUGAUGCAGAUUAUCCUAUUAAAGAUCUAUACUUUCAACCAGCAGUGGACAGAUCCAGACCUAAUGUUAUUGAAGCUGAGAUGUUACUGCCGCCAAACUCGUUAACAACAUUAUCAAUAAAUUUUGAUAAGGUAUUUUUGAAAUAUACUGAACAUCCACCUGAUGCUAAUAGGGGAUUUGAUAUUGGAAGUGGGAUUAUUUCUACUGGAGUGAUUGAUGACGAUUUUUUGAG